AUGGAAGCCAGCAGAGAAGAACAACCUACACUCCCUCCCAGCCUAGAGGAUGUUUACUCAGGUAGCCCCUUGCGGCUAUCCAAAGAAGCCGACACAGUUAAGAAGCUACUAGGUCAGGGUCGGACGCUUCCUGUCAAGCAAUCACGGCGAUCGAGCCUCCGCUUACCUUCAGACGUGACGCUCGAGGCCUUCCAGGAUGCAGUACAAGACCUCAAGACACAGAUCGGCCCGGAUAAUGUCGUCGUGAACGACGCAGAGCAGCUUCAAGAUGGCUGGUAUCUCGAGUCCCCCAACACCCACGACGCCUUUCACAUCAUCGACCACGACGAGCUCGUCGCCAGCGCGCUCGUCUACCCAGGGUCCACCGAGGAGGUCCAGGCCGUCGUCCGUUGGGCCAACAAGUAUACCAUGCCCAUCUAUCCCAUCUCGCUGGGGAGAAAUCUCGGUUACGGUGGUGCUGCGCCUCGAAUUCCUGGCGGCGUUGUGGUCGACCUGGGAAAGAGAAUGCACUCAAUUCUCAAGAUUGAUGCCGAAAACGCGAGCUGCGUCGUGGAGCCGGGCGUCACCUACUUCAAGCUCUACGAGGAGAUCCAAAAGCGAAACUUGGCCCUCUGGAUCGACACGCCUGACCUGGGAGGAGGCAGCGUCCUCGGCAACGCCCUCGACAGAGGCGUAGGAUACACGCCGUACGGAGACCACUUUGCGAACCACUGCGGCAUGGAGCUGGUACUGCCCAACGGCGAGCUCCUUCGCACGGGGAUGGGGGCGAUGCCAGGGCCCGAGGGCGAGGACAACCCUACAUGGCAGUCAUUUCAGCACGCGUACGGCCCUGCGGUCGAGGGCAUCUUCUCGCAGAGCAACUUUGGCAUCGUGACCAAGAUGGGGUUCCACCUGAUGCCGCCGACGGGCCACCAGAGCUACUGCCUGACCUUUCCAAGGGACGACGACUUUGGGAAGAUUGUGGACAUCAUCCGCCCUCUGGCACAGCAGCGCAUCCUCGGGAACAUCCCACAGCUGCGUCAUGUCAUACAGGAACUGAACGUCACCGGAAACCCCAAGGCCACAUUCUGGUCCGGCACGGGGCCCAUGCCCAGAGAAGACGUUGCCAGCGCGUCAAGAAGCCUCCCGCUGGGCGAGUGCUCCUGGGUGUUUUACGGCACGCAGUACGGCACGCCCGAGUCCAUCCAGAGCCAGCUCGACCUCAUCAAGGAGGCCUUCACCUCGCAGAUCCCAGACACCCGCUUCUUCCUGCCCCGAGACGUGCCGGCCUCGCACUACCUCCACUCCCGCGCCCUCGUGUGUGCCGGCGUGCCCGUGCUGACCGAGCUCAACUGGCUCAACUGGGUCCCCAACGGCGCCCACCUCUUCUUCUCGCCCAUCGCGCCCACGCGCAGCCAGGACGCCCGGACCCUGCACGACAUCAUCGCCACCCUGCACGCCCGGCACGGCUUCGACCUGUUCCCCACGCUCUGCGUCGCGGGCCGGGAGAUGCACUACAUCGCCAACAUCGUCUACGACCGGGCGGACCGCGAGGAGAAGAGGCGCGCCGUGCGGCUGAUGCGCGACAUGAUUGCUGCCUGUGCCGCCAGGGGGUUUGGCGAGUACCGCACGCACCUGCUGUUUGCGGACCAGAUUGCCAGGACGUAUGGCUGGGGCGGACAGGCGCUCCUGCGGCUGAACGAGACUAUCAAGGAUGCUCUGGAUCCCAAGGGGAUAUUGGCGCCUGGGAGGAAUGGGAUCUGGCCGAGGAGGUUUCGGGGGAGAGGCUGGGAGCUUGGGGAGGAGGAUGUGGACAUGGAGACGGUUGGGCCGCGGAAAAAGAAGGAGGAGGAAGAGGAGCUGGAGGGUGUGUGUGGGAAUGGGGCUUCCAGCUAG